AGUGUGAUUUUGACUUUGACAAAAUGAGGUUUCGUUUGGUGAAAAAGAACCUCCUUGCGCUGCUGGGUGUUUCCUUUGUAAUUGGCACCCUCUUGUUGUCAACACGUGUGUUAACAGUUAACGAUAAUGUCACAACGGAGACUAACUUCGUCAUUCAGGGAAAUCAAGCUGAAGCCCUGAAGUUUAACUUCGGGUCGCUGCCAGAACUGAGAAAGUCCGUUUACAACGCAAAUUAUAAGCAGUGCAUUCUCAAUGCAGAUCGCUUUCCAGGGGAACCUCUAUUGGUGCUGGUUGUGCAGGUCCAUAACAGGCCUGAAUACCUCAAGCUGCUCAUAAAGUCCCUGGAGAAAGCUGUUGAAGUCCACAGCUUCCUCCUUAUCUUCAGCCAUGACUAUUUUUCAGAGGAAAUAAAUGCCAUUGUGCAAGGGAUAACUUUCUGCAAGGUACUGCAAAUUUAUUUCCCUUUCAGCGCUCAGCUUUAUCCCAAUGAGUUUCCGGGGCAGGAUCCACGAGACUGCCCUCGAGACAUAUCCAAGGACAACGCUCUCAAAACAGGAUGCCUCAAUGCAGAACACCCUGACUCAUAUGGCCACUACAGGGAAGCUUUCAUUACUCAAACCAAACACCACUGGUGGUGGAAAUUACACUUUGUAUGGGAGCGAGUGCAAGUGAUGCAAGGCUACAGUGGCUUUGUAAUCUUUUUGGAGGAGGAUAAUUACAUCUUACCAGACUUUUUCCAUUUCUAUAAAUCAAUGGUGGAGUUCAAGAUGAACAGCUGCCCAGACUGUGACAUGCUAGCUUUGGGUAAUCACAAUGGCCUGAAUGAUUUCACCAGACAGUCCAAUCAGGUGAUGACCACUGGGUGGAUGUCCACGAAGCACAACAUAGGUAUGGCCAUCUCCAGGGAGGUUUACUACAAGCUUAUGGGCUGCAACAAUGAGUUCUGCACCUAUGAUGACUACAACUGGGACUGGACCCUGCAGCACCUCUCUGGAACUUGCAUAUCAAAGCCCCUCAAAGUGAUUAUUGCAGAAGGCUCCAGAGUUCUCCACACAGGAGACUGUGGCCUUCACCAGAAGGAGAACUGCAGGCCAGAGUGGGCUUUACAGAAAGUUGAAGAAAGCCUACAAAUGACUAAGGGUAGCCUCUUCCCCCCAUCUCUUAUACUUACCAGAACAGAACCAGCAGAGCACAAAGCACAUGUGAAAAAUGGAGGAUGGGGAGAUGUUCGGGACCAUAGUCUUUGUCAUAAUUAUGCCAAACGUCUUUGAACUGUGCCUUUUUAAGUUCUAUGGUAUUUUACUGCAAAAGAUGUGCCAUUAUUACAGCUUUUCAGGGUUUCAGGGGCUGCAAAUAGUUUCCUUUUAUUCUUUUCCAGUGAGGUCUUCCGUGAAUUAUGACUAAAAGAGGCGUGAGCAUGUUGCAUGUCCGCACAGUAGUUUUUUUGUUUUGUUUUGUUUUGUUUUUUUUUUUUUUAAAUCACCAAAGCUGCAGUUGCCAAAGUCUUUCUUUAUUUUUGUGUUUUGUAUAAAGCCUGUGUGUUUUUCAGUGCUGGACAAUUUCAUGUCCAGAGGUUGUGUAUCUCUGGGUGUCAAACAAGCCAAAACUAAUGGAUUUCUUGUACAGCAAUGGAAGCUAAGAGUAAACUAAAUUGGAGUGUGUAUAUACAUGCAAUAAUUUGCGAUUUUAUUACAGAUUCAUUAUUUUUUUGAGAACUGCACAAGACCUUUUCUUAUUUUAAAGAAAUGAAACUUGUGAGUGGUGCAUUCAGUGCCACUGCAGUUUAGAAGUGUACGGCUGCAGUGUUUGCAUUAUGUGCUUUUUAUGGUACAAAUUGCUGAAACCUAUAGGCAGAUGUAAUGUAUAAAGGUUAAGUGAAUGUGUAUGACAAUCUUCAUAAUGAUGGAAAAGCUGAAGUUUUUUGGGCACCUAUGUUGUCCUUUUUGACAAAAAGGGUUUAUGCACAUAAGUAUGUUUGUUACUGAAUGAUUCUUACAAGCAAUCGUAAUUUUCGUCACGUGAGGCUGACUGACACCACUUAGUCAAUCACUGUCCUGCCUGCUGAAGUGAUCUCUGGUUGAAACAAAAUGAACUGACUUGUUAUUGAUUUUGUUUUCUUUUGUGGGGACUUCUGAUGCAUGUAUUUUGCUUUCUGAAUGGUAAAAGUGACCUUUGGAGUCUGGUUGAAGUUUUUGUGUUCUGCAGACAUCAAAAAUCAUCUGUGAUUCUGUAUUUCCACAUUCUUUGUUAACUUUUUUUGGGAUAAAACAUGCAAAUGAAUGGGAUUGACAUUUAAAAAAAAAAAAAAAAAAA